AAGCAAAUUCAUCCCCACCCCAAACGAGCCCCUCAUCUCCAGACUCCAGCCGAGAAUCUUCUUCGUCGCCAAUUUCCAACGCGUGAUAGUCAAUCUCAAGUCAAUACAACUGAAACCGCUUGAUCACAAUUCACAUCUUGAAACGCAGUUCCAUCCUCUUCCUCUGUUUCCAUGGCCAAGCUUCCCAUCCAUGGAGUCCGCGCCCCUGGCUCCACUCUCUUCCUCAUCGUUCUUCAGUACCCACUUCUUCUUCUUGCUGUUUCCUCAGCCUACACCACCCAGACCAAGCACUUCAUCAAUUGUGGAUCGAGCAACAGCGUAAACUAUUCCAACAGGGCGUUUGUCGGUGACGCGAGCUCUGGCUCCUCCAUCUCCUUCCCGAAACGGAGCACCUCCGCCCAAUCCAGCAACCAAUCGUCGAGCGUCUCGGCUAUCUACGAGACGGCGAGAAUCUUCAGAAGCCCUUCGUCGCAGCACGUUCUUGACGGAAUCGACAAAGGUACUCACAUCGUGCGACUCCACUUUUUCCCUUUCGCUUCCGCAAGCAAUCUCCCUGAGGCUCUGUUCAAUGUCUCGGUAAAGGGGCUCACCCUUCUCAGCAAUUUCCAAGUGCCCAGUAGCACUAACUCUCCUGUAGUGGAGGAGUUCUUGCUGAGCAUAAACAGUACCAAGUUUGCACUCUAUUUUAGUCCUCAGGGGACAUCAUUUGCAUUUAUAAAUGCCCUUGAAGCGUUCCUUGUGCCCGAUGGAGCCAUACCUGAUUCUGCUCCAAGUGUGGGCACUUCAGGCAUCGUUAGCAGCAACUAUAGUGGAAUUUCCUCCCAGGUCUCGCGCACAGUUUAUCGAAUAAAUGUCGGAGGCGAUGAAGUAACUCCGGGCAACGAUGGUUUGUGGAGAAGUUGGAAUCCUGAUGAUAAGUACAUUCAAGUCCCAAAUGCUGCACAAAACAGGUCUAGCUAUGCGAAUGUUCUUAAUUACCAGGAUGUUGAAGACCAAUACUUAGCAGCAGAUCGCGUCUACUUGAGUGCCAAAGUGAUGAACGUGAGUUUUACCAAUGGGGGAUUAUACCGCAACACCAGCUGGAGCUUCAAGGUGAGCACAAACACCCAGCACUUGGUCCGGGCUCAUUUCUGCGACUUUGUUAGCCCGUCUCUCAACACGGUGCUUUUCAAUCUCUAUGUUUAUGGGAAUUUAACUCAGCUCAUUGACCCGUACGGUACCAAUGGGUUUCGUCACCCUGCAGUUCCUUUUCGUUAUGAUUUUGUGGUUCAACCGGGCAGCUCAGGGCUAGUGAACAUCAGCAUAGGCAUCCUUAAUGCCUCAGGCACAGUAUCUCAGCAAGCCUAUCUCAAUGGCCUGGAGAUAAUGGAGAUGAAAGGGUCGUGGGACUCGGAUUUUGUGCCUUCGGAGGGCGAUAACCGGAAUAAGCACCUCGGCCUCAUAAUUGGGCUAGUUUCCGGAAGCAUCGCGCUUCUCUGCAUAUGUGUUUGUGCAGCGAUCUUCGUACGCAAGUAUAGAAAGCCGAAGACGACUGAACUUUCGGCUUGGUCUCCGUUGCCUGCAUAUGGAGGAGGCAGUUCUCACAGUAAAUUGACCGAGCAAACUACCCAGGGCUCUGCUGUCCCUAAUUUACAUCUAGGACUGAUAAUACCCCUUUCUGAAAUCCAUUUCGCUACCAACAACUUCGAUCAAAAACUUUUGAUUGGCAAGGGUGGAUUUGGCAACGUCUAUAGAGGAACUCUCAGGGACGGCACUAAAGUUGCCGUGAAACGGAGUGCACCGGGGUCAGGACAAGGCUUCUCUGAGUUCCAAACUGAGAUCACCGUCUUGUCCAAAAUCCGCCAUCGCCACCUCGUUUCCUUAAUUGGUUAUUGCGCUGAACGGUCCGAGAUGAUACUAGUUUACGAGUUUAUGGAGAAGGGGAGCUUAAGAGAUCACCUGUACGGUUCCGAUUUCCCAUCCUUACCAUGGAAGCAGAGGCUCGAGAUCUGCAUUGGAGCAGCCAGGGGCUUGAACUACCUCCACAAAGGCGUGGUUGGAGGAAUUAUUCACCGGGACGUCAAGCCCACCAACAUUUUGCUUGACGAGAAUUACGUUGCAAAGGUUGCCGACUUCGGUCUGUCGAAGUCGGGGCCUCUGGAUCAAAGCCAAACCCAUGUGAGUACGGGGGUCAAGGGCACCUUCGGAUACCUCGAUCCAGAGUACUUUAGGACCCAACAGCUGACGGAAAAAUCAGACGUGUACUCGUUUGGAGUGGUUCUUCUCGAGGUGCUAUGCACCAGGCCUGCCAUCGACUCAUCCCUUCCCAGAGAACGGGCGAACUUGGCCGAAUGGGGCAUUACAUGCAUCCAGAACGGAACCAUCGAGCAAAUUGUGGACCCUGUUCUUGCUGGUCAGAUCAAUCCCAACUCGCUGAGGAAAUACGGGGAGGUUGCUGAGAAAUGCUUGCGAGAAGAGGACGAAGAGAGGCCCAGCAUGGGAGACGUGCUCUGGGACUUGGACUACGCCUUGCAGCUUCAGCAAACUGCGGUGAAAAGAGGGAUGUACGACGAUAGCGCAACCGACGGUUCGUCAAUUCUGAAUCUUUCGAACGUGAGGAAGCUCCCAUCAUUCGGCAAAGAUGUGGUCGAGGAAGAUGGGGCGGCCACAGAAGGGGCGGAUGGAUCAGUGAUGUCCAUGAGUGGAGUUUUCUCCCAGAUGAACAUUGAUGAAGCCAGAUGAGUUUCAUAUUGCAGUAAAUUUCUAUAGUGUUUCCGAGUUGUUUUCAAAUAUGCAUCCUACUGUACUGAUCUGAGAAAGAAGUGUAAAUGUACGCACCUGUCUUGUAUUGCAUCUUGUUGCAGUAUUUGGUCCAUUAUAGUUGUUGUUGUUGUAAUGUGUACUCUCAUAUAAGGCUAUUGUACAAGAGAGGGCGGACAAUGGACCGUGAUAAACGGGAACGUGAGAGAGAUUGCACGCCCCUUAGUUGCAGACCUUGAAUAAAGUCCCUGUUUCACAGAUUGCACCAUGGA